CUCCUCCCCAGAGGCAGCCGCAGCAGGGCUGGGACAGAGGUGGGACAUUGGCCCCUGGGGCUGGGACUCGCUGGCCCUGGCUGACGGGGAAGCAGGAGAAGUGGCCGUGCCCGUGGCCAUCGGGGAGCAUCGGGGGAUAACCCAGUACGAAGCAGCACGCGGGCGCAGGCCAGCAUGGACGGGCCUCCGCCACCUGCCAGCCCCGCCGGGCUCUCGGCGUACGUGGCCGUGUCGCAGCUGCUGGGCCUGACGCUGCUGGCCACCACGGGUGCCUGGCUGGGCCGCUACCGGGGCGGCGUGGCCUGGGACAGCCCUCUCCAGUUCAACGUCCACCCGCUCUGCAUGGUGCUGGGCAUGGUUUUCCUCCAAGGUGACGCUCUCCUGGUCUACCGGGUCUUCAGACAUGAAGCCAAGCGCUCUACCAAGGCGCUGCACGCGCUGCUCCAUGGCCUGGCGUUGGUCAUCGCCCUCGUCGGCAUAAUCGCCGUCUUCGAGUCCCACCGAACCAAGAGCAUCCCCAACAUGUACAGCCUGCACAGCUGGUGCGGGAUGGCUGCCUUCGUGCUCUACCUCCUGCAGUGGCUCCUGGGCUGCGGUUUCUUCCUCCUCCCCAGUACCUCCUUCUCGCUGCGCAGCCGGUACAAACCCCAGCACAUCUUCUUUGGCAUCGCCCUCUUUGCCCUCUCCAUCGCUGCCUGCUUGCUGGGCAUCACCGAGAUGCUCCUCUUCAACAUCAGGGACUCCUACAGCCACUUUGCACCCGAGGGUGUCCUGGCCAACACCCUGGGGGUGCUGCUGGUGGCCUUUGGGCUAGUGGUGGGCUACGUGCUGACACGGGAUGACUGGAAGCGCCCGCCGCUGGCCGAGGAGCUGGCCCUCUCCAUGGACUUCAAGACCCUGACGGAGCAUGAGAGCCCCAGUGGCAGCAGCCAGUAACAGCCCCAGCGCCCUGGUCCCCAGCAUGGGCACCUCGUGGUGUCUGCGGGGUGUCCCUGUGUACCCCAUCCCUGGUGUCCUGGGGCUCUGCCCAGCUCAGGGUGACGAGGACAGCUGGGCAAGGACAUGCUUGUUGGUGUAACGCUGCCCAUUGGGUUCAGCCUUGCUUGGCCUUACUCCUCCUCAGCUCUGCCCCAUGCAUCGCCCGGUGACCCCCCGAGCCUGCCCCAGCCCCGCCGGGACAGCGGUGCCACAGGCAGGGGCAGGGACUGGCGGCAGCACCGGGAUGUGAAGGAUGGGGGUCCCCAGGCUCUGCCCUGCUCUGGGGACCGGGGAGCGGGAGCCCGUGUUUCCCCAUUGCGAGCAUCCGAUGCCCAAAGCCCGUUUUCGGUGCUGAUGGGCAAAGGGGAUGUUUGCUAUCACCCGAGUUUCCCACUUGCUGGCAGCUCAUCGCCCUCCGGCACGGCCGUGCGUGGUGGCUGCUCCCCUCGAAGGGCUCCCGGGGGCUCGGAGCGACCCGGCGUCUGUGCCUGUUGCGUCUUCACGUCUGAAAUGUUUUCCCCUCUUGUGUGAUGUGCUGUCUGCUCAGUGGAUGCUCCCGACCUAAUAAAUGUUU